AUGGGUGAAUAUGGUGGCCUAGGGAUAGUUCUAGAAGAAACAGAGGGACACAAACGACAUCAUCAGGAAAAGAACUCGGAGAGUAUACAUAUGCAACUGUCGUUACACAGUCUACGAUCGUCACUGCAACAUUCACUACUGCAACCACAACAACAACAGCAACCACCACCACAACAACAAGUUUCACAUUUGGUUCCUCAUCUGGUUUCUCAAAUACGUAUACCCAUAUCCUCCAGACAAUCAAGCAGUACGAGUCUACCGAAUAUAUCACACAAGUCAUCGUCGCAAUCUCUACUGGCAACACAGUUAAAGACAACUACAAGUGUAGAGCAACUACAGUCAAUAACAACUAAUACUACCAGUUCUGCUGCAGCUGCUACUGCUACUGCUACUGCUACUAACGCCAACGCUGCAACUACCGCCACCACAACUACUGCAACUAAUUCUACUCAACUUAUAGACUUGGCAAGCAACGAGAUUCUACUCCCACCUUUACCCCAUGCACCUGAAGACUUGACAUCACCAUUAAGUAACUCAUAUCUCCAUGCAUCUUACAAUGAAGAUCAACACUCGACAAAUUCCAACAAUAUUGAUGCUACUAAUACCCAAAAUGAUUUAGACAGUUCGAACCACAGUUUGUAUUCUCAAGAGUUUACUUCAAUAUACAAAAAUAACGAAGGUUCUUUUUCAAAUUAUGCAUUAGAUUCGCCAACCUUACUCAUUGAUCAACAACAACAGCAGCAGCAGCAACAACAACAACAAAAACUGAAGCACCCACACAAUUCGAGUCUUCACUAUUUCCCUACUACAUCUUCAUCUACUAUUUCCUCACUGAAUAAGCAGAGUGAAUCCAGUCCAAGUUUGAUUUCAGGUAAUGGAAACACCCCUAAUUUACAGCCAUCAGCCACUUCAAGUGCGUCAACAGUAAACUCGGCAAAUGAAAAAACCAGUCCUUUGAAGAAGUUGAAAAAUUUGAAAAAUGGAAUUCGAAAAUUAUCACUUGGAUCAAGCAGCAAUUUCAGUUCAGCUUCUUCUGCUAUGACUACUCCUACGGGAGUUAAUGGACCAAACUCAUCACUCACGGCUAAUCCAAUACCUUUAAGACCUGCUUUAAAUCCUAUACAAGUUGAUGAUAGAAUUAGUACAUUUAGACCUGUUUCGUCAACGGCAACCACGCCAACCCCCUUCAAUCCAUCAUCAUCAUCAAAUAUAAGUAGUCAACAUGGACACCAUUCAUUGUCGUCUUGUUCAUCUACUUCCACUACAUCUUCGGGAACAUCGAUUUUCCGCGCCAAAAGAGCAAGAGCAUCGAGUCACGGUAACUAUUAUACAAAUCUGACUCACACACCAAUAACACCACCUCCAUUAGCAUGUUUCCCUUUGGCAUCACCAGUUAUUACCUUGAGUGAUAAUUUCCAAUCUAGCAAAACAACUAUGAAUACUCUCGAACAGAGUUAUUUUGAUUGCUUGAACAAUAGUUUGUCAGGAUCGCCUACAACGGUUCAGUCUAGCUCUGUUCAGGCUACAUUGCCAUUACUGCAGCUGCAGCAGCAGCUGCAGCAGCAGAUUCAUUCAAUAGAAGAAAUUACAAAUGUAGACGAUUUACUCAAUUAUCUGGAUUUUCUUCAUUUACAAAAAGAACAAUUAAGUCAAGUCUAUGAGAAAACUAGAGAAAAAUUAGAAUCUUCAGGAUGGUGCUCAAACUAUGAUAUAGGGAAUUUAAAAGUACAACAAAAUAUUCAGGAUGCUGCUAUAGAUACGAUGAUUUUAAAAGUUGAAGAGAAGUUGAAUAGGGAUUUCAGCUAUCCAAUGUUGUAUGAAAAACCCGAACUUGGAACUGAUGAAACUACUUCAAGAGCAACCGAUAUAACACCCCCUAGCUUAAAAGCAUUAGAAAGUCGCUGUUUUUCAUACGGAGAGCUUUAA